AUGACUGCCGCCGGUGGAGGAACAGGCUCCAGCCUGGCACGCGCGAUCAUUAUCGUCGCAGGUGUCUCGGCUUUGGUCUCCUCGCUGUUGUCCUUUGUGUCCAUCUGGUUCCAAACCAAAAACUACCGGAAACCACUCCUCCAGCGCUAUGUGGUACGCAUAUUGUUGAUGGUCCCGAUUUACGCGGCAUCAUCAUGGACGAGUAUUGUGUCGCUCAAAGCAGCCCAAUUCCUCGAUCCUAUUCGUGACAUCUAUGAGGCAUUCACCAUCUAUACCUUCUUCCAGCUCCUUAUCAACUUCCUCGGGGGCGAACGUGCCUUGAUCAUCAUGGCACAUGGCCGACCUCCUAUCUCACAUGCCUGGCCUCUCAACCACUUCCUCCCAAAGAUCGACGUCUCCGACCCCCACACCUUCCUCGCUGUCAAACGCGGUAUCCUGCAAUAUGCUUGGCUGAAGCCCAUUCUAGCUAUUGUCUCCGUCGUGAUGAAGGCGACGGACACAUACCAAGAGGGCUACAUUGGUUUAGGCUCGGGAUAUCUCUGGACAGGCAUUGUGUACAAUGUCAGCGUCACAAUUAGUCUCUACUCCCUCGCCAUGUUUUGGGUCUGUCUGCACGAUGACCUGAUGCCGUUCCGGCCGGUCCCCAAAUUCCUCUGUAUCAAACUCAUCAUCUUUGCGUCGUAUUGGCAAGGGUUUUUCUUGUCGAUUCUGCAGUGGCUGGGUGCGCUGGGCAGCGUUGCUGGAUAUACUCCAGACAACCUUGCAGCUGCAAUUCAGGACAGUCUCAUCUGUUUCGAGAUGCCGUUCUUUGCUAUUGCCCAUUGGUAUGCAUUCUCGUGGCACGACUAUGCGGACCCCACCAUUUCGGCUGCGCGUUUGCCUGUGAAAUUUGCGUUGCGCGACUCAUUCGGCGUUCUGGAUCUGGUUGAGGACACUAAGAUGACCCUCCGCGGUGAGAAUUAUGAAUACCGACUCUUUGACUCGGGUGAUAACAUCAUCCCGCAUGCGGAAUCGGGAUCACGGGUAAAGCGAGUCAUGGACGGCAUGAGAUACGAGCGAGGAGGCAAGGCGAAAUACUGGAUUCCCAAACCGGGGGAAAUCAACAGUCGCACGCCUCUGCUUGCCGGAGAAUCCAGUGAGCGUGGAAACAGAAGCAGUCAAAGCUCGAGGGAAAGAUUCCGAUCUUUCAGUGAAAUUGAAACAUCAAUGGAUGAGGAGGACGAACACUUGUUCCUUAACGCUCGGGCGUUGGAGUUUGGAGACUGGAAUUACCCGGUGAUUACGGCCAACGAGGUGCCAAGGGACCAGCGGUUACCGCCGUCAAGGAGCUAUCAAGAUUCAAACCGAGGUGGGCAUGUCAAAAAGGCCCGCAGGCACAGAAAGGGCCGGGCGUCAGACGGCGAGAGCGGGCGAAGCCCACAGCCAAAACCUAAUUCAGGCGCAAGCUCGAGUACCCCUGGUCCCUUGCAGCGCAAUGCCAGCUCCACAAGCACAAACACGCGAAAGAGCCAGCUGGUGGACCUUGUGGUGGAGAAUCGAGAGGCUGAGGAGGAAGACCGAGCUCAGGUACAGCGGGAGCUUGGUUCAGCACAUGCUGAACCUGAAACACGGCGAUAUUCACGACCCUCAGGAGAGCCAAUCGAAGAAGAAGCUGAAACGGACCCAGCAGAGUCUAACAACGACCGUGAAGACCGGUCCAAGGCAUGGGCCUACGAUGGAUUGGAGCAAGACAAUGUCUGGGACAAAUAG